AUGAAAAAUUCAGUUGUGAAAGGCCCGCCCAAGGCAGGUGCAUUUAAGGAGAGACCGACCAAGCCCACAGCCUUCCGGAAAUUUUACGAGCGCGGAGACUUCCCCAUCGCCCUUGAGCAUGACUUGAAAGGGAACAAGAUCGCGUGGAAGGUGGAGAUCGAGAAGCUGGACUACCACCACUACCUGCCCCUGUUUUUCGAUGGGCUCUGCGAGAUGACCUUUCCCUACGAGUUCUUCGCGCGGCAGGGGAUCCAGGACCUGCUGGAGCACGGCGGGAGCAAGACUCCCGUCAUCCCGCAGCUCAUCAUCCCCAUCAAAAACGCCCUGAACCUCCGGAACCGGCAGGUCAUCUGUGUGACGCUCAAGGUCCUGCAGCACCUGGUGGUGUCGGCCAACAUGGUGGGCGAGGCCCUGGUGCCCUACUACCGUCAGAUCCUCCCCAUCGUGAACAUCUUUAAGAACAUGAACCUGAACUCCGGGGACGGCAUCGACUACAGCCAGCAGAGGAGGGAGAACGUGGGCGACCUGAUCCAGGAGACGCUGGGGGCCUUCGAGCGCUACGGGGGAGAAGAGGCGUUCGUCAACAUCAAGUACAUGGUGCCCACCUACCAGUCCUGCCGGCUCAACUAG